GUGCUAUAUAGCAAUUGGAGAUAUUUCAGAGAAAACAGCCCGGUAACCGUCAAAGAGAGAUAGAACCAACUCUCUAAAUCACUACUCCACCACGUCUAACAUUCCGACGGGCUCCCUGAACAUCCCCCACCAUUGCUAUGGUCCAAAUAAGCAAAUCGGCGACAAAUAUGAUUAGAGAAUGAGGUACGGAACCUUCAAGGUCCAAUCAUCAUGCCAGUCCCCUGCUCUGACUGCUUUUCCGACCUGCUCUGCGGAGAAGAUUCCGGUAGCAUAUUUUCCGGUGGUAUUGAAGAGGCGCCAGAAAUUUCUUCGUCGGAGAAUACUGAGCCUCCUCCCCCCGAGGCCGACCUCGAUGAAUCUAUCGCCGGACUAAUUAACGACGAACGGAAUUUUGUCCCCGGAGUUGACUACGCCGAGCGAUUCGGUUCUCAAUCACUCAACGCUGCCGCCAGAGACGGCGCCGUCCAAUGGAUUCUAAAGGUCCAGCGAUAUUACGGUUUCCAGCCACUGACGGCGUAUCUUGCCGUCAAUUACUUUGAUCGUUUCCUCAACGUUCGCCGCCUGCCUAUGACAAAUGGUUGGCCGCUGCAACUACUUUCCAUUGCGUGCUUGUCAUUAGCUGCUAAAAUGGAGGAAUCGCUGGUCCCAUCUCUUUUACAUCUUCAGGUUGAAGGUCCAAAAUACAUAUUUGAACCAAAGACAAUACGCAGAAUGGAGGUUCAUGUGCUGAGUGUAUUGGAUUGGAGGCUAAGAUCAAUCACACCCUUUAGCUUUCUCGGCUUCUUCGCGAGCAAGCUUGAUCCAACAGGGACCUAUUCAGGAUUCUUUAUCUCAAAAGCCACCGACAUCAUUUUGUCAAAUAUACGAGAGGCAAGCUUCCUUGAGUACAGGCCAUCAUGCAUUGCUGCUGCCACAAUACUUUCUUCAGCCAAUGAUAUUCCAAAUUUCUCUUUUGUUAAUGCUGAGGAUGUUGAAUCAUGGUGUUCUGGGCUCAAAAAGGAAAAAAUAAUUGAUUGCUGCCAAUCAAUGCGGAGAAAUGGGGCCAUCGGAAUAAGGGCAAAUAGAUUUCCAAGAGUUUUACCAGAGGUCAGAGUUAUGGCUAGGCCGACAACAUUGUCAAGUGACACGUCAUCCUCCUCCCCCUCUUACAAAAGGAGGAGACUCGAUCAUAUCCCUUGGAACGAAGAUGGGAGAGAAACUUGAUAAUAUCGUUGACCAGUUUUUUUUUUCAAUUAAUUCAAAUCCUCAACAAUAUUUCCCGGAAGGGAGGUUAAAAUAAUAAAAAACAACCAAAAUAUGGAAAUAAAGAUACCUGCCGAAGUGAUAAUAUAGAUAGAUUACAUAUUAUAUACAUGUCUAUUUUAAAUAUAUUUUUAUCUUUUAAGGAUGCUUGAUUUUUUUUGUUUUGUGUUUUGGGAUUCUUUAUUUAUACGUAUAAGAAUUCCAUAUCGGCCUCCCCAAAAAAUAAAUAGCAGCUUUUUAAUUUGCAGAUUCCCUAGGGCAGGGGGGUUUAAUUUGGUACAUACAUAGUUUUAAGUUUUAUUUUGGUGUGACAAUAUAGUGUAGAAUGGACCUAUUGGAGGUGUAUUAAUAAUAAAAAGCAUUCUUUAUAUAAAUUACCUAACUUGGAGUCCUAAUAUAUAAUGUAAUCUUCUAAAAUAAGAGCGGCUUUUUCAAAAAUAGAAUAAAUAUUGUCUCUAGAAAUGCAGUCAAAUAUGAUUUACUAUUGUCACAUUGUCACCUUAUUUCUAUUCAUAUGUCAAAAAACUAUGUGCCCGUUUGGAUAAUAGCGGGUAUCAUCAAACCGUUGAAAAAUUGAACUAUGAAACGCCGCAAAAUGAGACGGGUAGCACUAAAUCCGUGAAAUGGAGCGUGCGGGGUGAAUUCAAGGCGGAUAGUGAUAAUGAAGGCUGGGGAGAAGUAUGUUAUGGGACCAAGCAUGUUUAGAAAUGCAUAAUUCAUCAAUUUUGCCAGCUUGAAAAUUUUGAGCCGUUGAUGAUGAUUAAGAAAGAAGGGAAGCAACACGUGUCAUCAUAAGAUACCAAAGGCUGCCAACUGGCAUCAUCAUGACCAUACAUGAUCGCUGCGUGAGAUCGGGGCGGUAAGGAAAUCUGGAGGAAUAAAUCAAGAAUGAGAUAUGGUUUCUUUUUGGAGGAAAUAAUUAUUGGUUUUUCUUCUCAUUUUUCUUUUCCAGUGGUGUAUAUUUAAUACUCGUACGUAGUAUGAGUAAUGUAUGUCUGACUUUUUUGGCGGGGAACAUACCUGUUUUCGUACGUGUUUGCGGAAACACGUGUUUGGAUUCUUUUAAUUAAGUUUCUGAAACAAGUUCCACCUUUCCUUUUCGG